AUGAGAAUAUUAUUUGUCUCCAUCACGUUGAUAUACCUAAUUCUGGUGAACAAUGUGAGCUGCCUCUUUAAAAAUUUGAUUAGUGAAUUUUAUUGCAAGAAUGAGAACUGUUAUAGCAUCUUAGGCGUAAGCGAAAAGUGUAGCAUAAACGAAAUCAGAUCAGCUUAUCACAGGCAUUUGACAAAUAUGAAAAAUAAUUACGAUUCUGAGAAAAAGAAGAAAAUUGUCAAAGCUUACAAUGUUUUAGCGAAUAACCAAACAAGGAAAUACUACGAUUAUUAUUUGAAGUAUCCAAACAGUUUCAUUAAUGUAAUAUAUUUCAUUUUUUAUUGUGUAUAUAAAUUAAUAAAAGUGAUAAUAGCUUUAGUAAUUAUCGGGUUUCUUUUAUGUGCAUUCCAAUAUAUGAAUAAAAAAUAUGAGAUGAAAAGAAUAGUUCAGAAACUUUCAAAAAAUAAAGCUUUCAAAAAAGAAGUACAAAAUAAAAUAACAUUACAACAUCCUGAUUACCGCAACUAUGAAUUAGCUAUAAAAAGAAAAAUUGAAGAAGAUAUAGAAAUAGAAGUAGCACAGCAGAUGGGGCUCAUAAACAAUAAGAAAAAUGAAAAGUUUUCAUUUUCAGAUUUAAUAAUUGUAAAAGUUUUACUAAUACCCAAACAUAUUAUAUGUUACGUUGUAUGGAAUGUAAAAUGGCUAAUUAAAUACAAUAUAUUAAAUGAUGAAUAUGAUGAAAGUGACAAAAUGUAUAUCACUAGGAAGUGCUUAAACAUUUCUGCUGACAGAUGGAAUGCCCUAUCACAUGAAGAUAAAAAAAUUCUGCUCAAAAAACAGCUAUGGGUGAAGGAAAUUCAAAAUGAGUUUUUUGAAGAGCAAAAGGAGAAGGAGCGAAUCAACAAAAUCUCCAGCGCCAAGUAUAAGAAGCAGAUGCGAAUGAAGAAGAAAGGCUGCAGCUUUAACUACAAUGACUGA